UACCAGUUCACAUGACGAGAGAUGGUUUAUUCAGACACUGUGGCUGUGACCGACUUCUAAUCGCGUUUACUGCUCCUUUCUGUCGGCAAGGACGGAUACUAAUUUAACGCUGUCAUCUGUCUUCAGCCAGCGGAGAGACAACAACAGGAAGAGCAACAGCAAGCGACGCUACGGUUCGAGCUACCGGUCAGUGAAGUCAAGUGCAGUUUGAAGACCCACCUGCGCCCGCAGCGGCGACACAGCACCACCGCUCCGGGCUUUAUUCUGCCUUCCACAGGAGGGAACGACGUUUGAAAUACCUGCGGCUGUGAUUUGACUUCAAGGAUGAAAGUCUGCCGAGCUUUGGCGGCGCUCAGCAUCGCCUGGUUCGCGGGUUUAGGUUGCGUUCAGGCUGUUACUCUGGAGGUGAGGGAGGGGAACUCCACCUGCAUUAAGGCUGAGCUGUCUGCAUCCUUCUCCAUCACAUACAACACCUCCAGCAGCACAAGAACAGUGCAGGUCCUUCUGCCCAACUCCACCACGGUCGAUGCAGGGAGCAGCUCGUGUGGCGCAGGCGGCUUCCCCUGGCUGGUGGGGGUGUUCGGAUCCGGCCACACACUGGGGCUGAGCUUUUCCACCAAUGGAAGUCGGUAUGAUGUCGCUAACCUGACACUGCAGUACAACCUGAGCGACACAUCAGUCUUCCCUGGGGCCAACAGCUCCGAUGUGGUCACAGUGGUGUCUGCUUCAGUUGGGAUCUCGGCAGCAAUCAACACCACCUACCGGUGUCUGAGUCCAGUCACUAUUGGAGUCGGUGGAGCAUCUGUCACUUUCUCUGAUAUGAGACUUGAGGCAUACAUGCCAGGAAAUGACCUGAGUCCAACAGAAAGCAUAUGUGUGGCAGAUGAAACCAGCACAGCCGCUCCACCUACUACUGCCAGUACAACAACAACAGCAGCUCCAGCACCAACCCCUCCAGGAACUCCUGAACGGGGCACCUACUCUUUAAAAAACACCAAUGGCACCAUUUGUCUCCUGGCCCAAAUGGGACUGCAGCUUAACGUCUCGUACUUGUCUCAGUCUCAGAAUAAGACUGUCCAAGAAUUAUUGAAUCUGACUCCUAAUCUGACAAGUUCAUCGGGAUCAUGUGGAGCCAGCAGCACUACCUUGGUUUUGACACAAGAACGAAUCACUACACUUAACUUCACCUUCACUUUGAACUCCACAUCCAACAGGUACCACCUGAGUGGGAUAACUCUGCUCGCUAAUUGGUCUGAUAUGACUGCUCCCCUCUCAGUCAACAACACCAAUCUCAACUACCUGCAGAGUACGUUGGGCCACUCUUAUAUGUGCAACGCAGAGCAAACCCUGGUUGUGGAACCAACCUUCUCGCUCAACACAUUCAGAUUGCAUGUCCAGCCGUUUGGCAUCUCAACAGACCAGUUUGCUACAGCGGAGGAGUGUCAGAUGGACCAAGACCAGAUGCUGAUCCCCAUCAUAGUUGGAGCAGCUCUUGCUGGUUUGGUGCUCAUUGUCCUCAUUGCUUACCUAAUAGGCAGGAAGAGGAGCCAUGCUGGAUACCAGACCAUCUGAAUGGACCCUUCCCUUAACUUAAACCUGGCUGAAUAGUGGAGAGAUGAACCCCAGCGUGUGAAUGAGCAAAAAAUAGACUGUUCGGACAUGAGCAUGAGUGAAUGGAAACAGUUGUUCCUCUGUGGUGAGUGCAUGUGUUUGCAAAAUCCUAUGUGACCACUGGAUGUUUUAUUUUCCCUGUCAUGCUCUGUGGACGAUAAUGAGAGGCAGAAUACCUGCUAACUUUAGAUAUUAGUGAAAGCCUGAGAGGACUGAGACUUCACACAUCAAAGAUGGAGUUUUGAAUUUGCUGUUGCAAGUUCACUGUUAAAAGUUUGCCUCUACUCUUAUUUCAUUAUGUUCUAGGAAUUGGAUUUGCUUGAACUGCUUUUUGUUGUUUUAGCUGCGUAAUUAUUUAUGAAGAAUCAUACAGGAGGUAGAAAGUGACAAAUGAACUGUAAGAAAAAGUCCCAUUUGUUUGACAAUUGGCAAUAUUUUAAGUUGGAAUAGGAUUACUGUGCCUACACAUGCUUACUAGUACUUUUUUUUUUUUAAACUUCAUGAGCAUUCGAUGAUCCCACCAUCUCUAGAAAAAGGGAAAGCUCUGAAUGUGCGUCUUUUCCAAUCAUGUUCCUGCAGAUGGAUUGAAGCCUGUCCCAUCAGUGCACUGCAGUUUAAUUGAACCAAACAAAGUUUUUUAAUUGUGAGUACAAAAAUGGGAUGCUUGUUUAAACAGUGUGCAGUAAUGAGGCCAUACAGUGUGCAAAUUUACAUUGGACGACUUAAUAGGUACAUGGGUUGAUCUUCUAUUUUUGCUUUUCAGCACCCUCUCCCAACAGAAAUGUUACAUAAAUUAUAGUUAUUUGAUCUUUUAUUUUUAUAGAAAAUGGUUUAAUCUCAUUUUCUAUUAUGCAUCUUACUUCAAGUUAAUAAAAAUCAUUAAGUCCA